GACCUUAAUUUUGUGGUUACUUAAUAUUUCCUUAACAUAUUAACUUUGCAAUCACAAGUUUCAAUGCUAGACAUUGAAUACUUUGUUAUAUUUUUAUAUUAGAACCAGCCCCCUAGGUGGAAGGUAACCAUUGCCCAAUCAAGCUUCAUAUUUUACUUUUAUUGUUAAUACAUAAUUUAUUCAAGCAUUUUGGUAUUUUAAUUAUUAUAAAAAUAUAUAAUUGUAUAUCAUCAUAGUUACAGCAGUUCAUACCGAGCACUAUUUAAAUAAUUAAAUUAACAAACAUUGCUAGUUACAUGAUACAAAAUUCCUCAAACUGAAACAUUGGCAAAUUAUAUAUACUUUUAGUACUUAUUGUGUGAACUAAGACCUGCAUUCAGGAAAUUCAAGCUUCAUUAAGUUCCCUUUUAAUUACAAUUUAGAUUCAGUUCAAUUACUUGAAUUGACAAAGUGAUAGUAACUGAAAUUCGAGAUUCAGUACUGUCUAAAUUAGUUCAAAUUCCUUAUUUUUCUUCUUCUAGAAUGAUAAUAUUUUGUGUCUGGAUUUACUGUUUAUUAAGACAUUCCUUGAAUGUCAGGACUUAUUAUGGUAUGUGUAUUUAUUCUUAAGCUUUUAAAAAUUAACUGAUGUGCUGUUCUUAUAAUAGAGUCUCCUCCUUCUGUAGAAGGUAAUUAUUACAGUUGUUAUGAAUAUAAUGGUCAUUUAUACCUUGGUAUAUCUGUAAAUAUUCAUACUUUAACCAUUAACUUAUCUUAUAUCUGUAAAGAGCAAGCCAGAACCUGAACCAGAAGGUAAAGCUCUUUAUAGCUUUACAUACAUUAAUAUAGUAUAAAUAUGUAUUGUAAUGAACAAAAUAGUUACCUAAGUGUUUCCAAGACACAAACUUGGUCAUUCAGUUUACAACUUUUUUUUUUUUUUUUUUUUGCAUUUUGCAGCUAAUAUUUAGUCAUAAAUGCAGAGGAAGGCAUAGCUUUGCACGGCCACAUGAAUUGACUGGUUGUUUUAUGAUAUGGCAGAUACUGUUCAAGUCUGUGAUCUGUUUAGUUCUUUAAAGAGCACUGGGUGGCCACUACCAUCAAUUCAGUUCAUUACAUUUACUUCCAGUAAAUCGAAUUCAGUUUGUAUUACUAAGCCCAGAACUAUGACUCCAUUAUGUACAUUGGUAUCUCAAUACCAUGUAUCUCAUUUUCCCUUUAAUUACUUCAAAAUGUGAUGAUUUGAUGGUGAUUUAAAGCAAAUGUGUUUUACAACCGCAUGAUGUCUUCUUGUGGGGUCUAAAGGAUGCAAACUAUGGUAUGUUUAUUCAUAAGGUUUGUAUGUCAUGAUGCAAUAUAUAAGCUCAUUUCCAUCACGUGUAAUGAUAUGGACUGUCAGAACAGUGGGUCAUCACAUUCAGACAAAUAUUUGUUUCCCUAUACAAGGAUAUUUUGGACUGUUACUCUGAAAACAGUUGAAAACACAAACCGUCAUAGUUAAAAAGGGUGAUUUCUGGAUUGUAUGUUCCCAAAUUGUUAAUUUUCCCUGCCAAUUUGUUGCCAAAGGUUUUGGUUAAGUAAAUGUUAAUGUAAUUAAGACACUGUGAUGUUAAUGAUGUCAAUUUUCCAUUCCUUCGUCUGUUUUCAUGUAACAGAAGCCCCUACUGAGGAAAAGGCCACAGAUGAGACGAAACCAAAGCCAAAGUUCAUGUCUAACAUCACCGCUCCAAAGAUUCCUGAAGGAGAUAAGGUGGACUUUGAUGACAUCCACAGGAAGCGCCAGGAGAAGGAUUUAACAGAGCUGCAGUCUCUCAUUGAAGCUCAUUUCAUUCAGAGGAAGAGAGAUGAAGAGGAGCUGAUUGCUCUGGUCAACAGAAUUGAGAAGCGUCGUGCCGAGAGGGCAGAGCAGCAGAGAAUCCGUGCAGAGAAAGAAAAGGAGAGACAAGCUCGGCUGGCCGAAGAAAAGGAGAGGAGAGAGCAAGAGGAACAGAGGAAGAAACAGGAUGAGGAUGCUAAGAAAAAGAAAGCGCUUACCAACAUGACACACCAGUAUGGAGGAAUCCAGCAGAAGGGCGAGGGUCGUAAAGGGGCAAAGAAACAGACGGAAAGAGAGAAGAAGAGGAAGAUCCUGACUGAUAGGAGGAAGCCACUUAACGUUGACCAUCUGUCUGAAGAUAAACUCAAAGAGAAAGCCAAUGAGCUGUGGCAGUGGAUGAUGCAACUGGAGGCGGAGAAAUUCGACCUUAGCGAGAAACUGAAGAGACAGAAAUAUGACAUUACUCAGCUUCUGGCUAGAGUCAAGGAUCAUCAGAGUGCCAAAGGCCGUGGCAAGGGCAAGGUUGGUGGCAGGCUGAGGUAAACAUGACACAGAUCAAGAUGGCCCAGAAAUCAAGAAGACAAUGUCACAUUUUCAACAUAUUCAGUUGUAGUCAUUAUAAAAUUGCUAUUCUGUUUGACUGCACUUGAAGAGACGGUAAAGUGACAUUUUUUGCUUUUGUCAUGUUGUUUUUCUGCUUUUUUGUCUUGAACACACAGGAAUUCUGCAGUUAUCACUUAAUAUCAUGUACAUUAAAAGAUUCAAA